ACUCUACCCAAUUCGCCGCAUUCGAUUUCGAGUUCCACCGCCCGCGCCCGCACCCGCACAGCAAAGGCAACCGGAGCCAUGGCCCGUACCAAGCAGACCGCCCGCAAGUCCACCGGCGGCAAGGCGCCCCGCAAGCAGCUCGCCACCAAGGCCGCCAGGAAGUCGGCCCCGACCACCGGCGGCGUGAAGAAGCCGCACCGCUACAGGCCCGGGACCGUGGCGCUCCGCGAGAUCCGCAAGUACCAGAAGAGCACGGAGCUGCUCAUCCGCAAGCUGCCCUUCCAGCGCCUGGUCCGCGAGAUCGCGCAGGACUUCAAGACGGACCUCCGCUUCCAGUCCCACGCCGUGCUCGCCCUCCAGGAGGCGGCCGAGGCCUACCUCGUCGGCCUCUUCGAGGACACCAACCUCUGCGCCAUCCACGCCAAGCGCGUCACCAUCAUGCCCAAGGACAUCCAGCUCGCCCGCCGCAUCCGCGGGGAGCGCGCCUAAGCGGGAGCGAGACCAAUCACAACCCCAGCCGCCUCAUGCCACCGUUCGCCAGCAGUAGUUGAUUCGCCUGCCCUUUUAAUUAGAUCGUGUUAGGUCGUUUGCGGUGAUGCAAACAGAUGCUUACUGUGAAAUUGUUGGUUAAUAUACUGUUGAUCGACCAUUAUCGAUGUAUGCAAUUCUGAGGUACUGUGAGGUUGAUGCCUCCUAUUCUCUGAAUCCUCAUGUGAUUUUCGUUCA